AUUUUGUAUCACUUGUUUCAUAUAAAUAUUUGUUUUGUAUAAAGCCGUUCCAUGGAAUUUGUUCGUUUUAUUUUGGAUUGCUUGCCAUCCUUUUGUAGCUGCUGUUAUUGCACCGAUGACUUGGACAGCCAGGGUAUUGAACCAAGCGAGAGAACACACCUUUUGUCGGAUUCUGUCAACCAAAGUCCGGCUUUGCGGCGAUGCAACUCAGCUGAUAUAACCAAUGACUGCGCUCAAUCGCUGCCCAAAAAAGAUGAGCAAAAUGCACUUUCCAGAUUAGUGCAGAACACUGCAAUUAACAUGAUUAAUGUCAGUGCAUUGGACUCUCAUAAUUUGGAGCAUCAGGAGUAUACUGAUAGAAUAAAAUUGUAUUCACAACGUCUUCAACAACAGUGGAACAAUGUCCAGCACCCUGGCAUUGCACAAAAAGGUUUACUAAGGGAUGUUCCGAACCAUCAAACAUAUAUAUCUAAACCAAUUUGUCCUGAUGAUACGGCUCAGAUGAGAAUGUUUAUACAAAAAUCACAAUCUGCGGUCAUGGGUAUACAAGUAGACCAUCGAGAAUCCGUUGUAGUGCCCUUUCGUAUACCUUAAUUAGCUUCUAUAUAAAUCAAUUUUGUUAUGUUA